AUGAAUUAUACUGGAGACGAGCAAGAGACUGAAAACGAUGAAGUGUGGGCAAUUACCAGCAUUCGCGUUGCACCGCGCCGCCGCGACGCCCGUUCGAAUCGCCGCGUGGCCAUGCGGCGAAUUGCACUCCUUCGUAUUUGGAAGAUGGCUAUGACUACUUUACGAUCUGCUGAAUACCCCGCACAAAGGCCAGCUAUUAUUGAUAUAUCUAUGGAUAAAGAGGAACCGAAAGAAGAACGGAAGGAUUACUCCCAGCAGACUUUUGCAAAAUUGAGAAAAGUCAGAUUUCUUCCUUAUGGUAGUCGUUUGCUAUGGCUUGGUUACUCGGAUGGUCGAUGUGCAUCGCUGUGGAAAAGAUCCGACGGUGAUGACGAUAUUGAAGAUCCGUUUGAAGAGCUAUGCAGGUUACCACUGGAUGCAGAUCCAUUCGACAUGUGCACCUGUGGUCCAGGAUUGACUUGUGUGUCUUUUACCAGCGGUGACUUAUCGAUUCUUGAUAAUACGAAUGAUAAAUUGAUAAAAGUAAAAGACAUUAAAAAUGUCCAUGGGAAAGGAGAUUCGCGUGUCAUUUCGGGUUUUGGGAGUCACAAUAUUGUGAGCGGUUCUUCGAAUGGCUCUCUUGUUAAAGUGGACGUCGAAUCGGGGAACAUAACCGUCCUAUACAAGGGAAACUCAGGAAUACGUUCGCUUACAACGCUUGCGGGAGGUACACUGUUGGCUUCUGGCCAUUCUGCCGGUCAGGUUCUUAUUUGGGAUUGUCGUUCACCGACCUUCAGUAAACCUUCGAUUGUGUGUGUGCCUUCCAAACGCAGACUCGAUGCGAUAACCACUCUAACUAACCACCCAGCGCAAGCAAGUUUGCUGUCUCUGGGGACCGAUCUUGGAACUGUUGGGUUUUGCGAUGUGCGAGGAGUUGCCCAUGAUUUGAUCAUAAACUCAUUUGACGUGGCUACAUCUACUAUCACACAGGUUGAAUUUCAUCCAGAGUGCGGUGAUCACCUCGUAUGCGCGUCCGCUGAUGGAAGCCUUGUGCAUUGGGACGUCUCCUCCGUAAACAUUAACUGUCCUUCAACUGGAACGCGUCAAUCGCCGUGGUUGUCUGACUCGCUCAGCCAGAAUGUGGAAUUGGACACGUUGCGUUCUCCCGUAUUUGGAUCUGUGAACGGCUUCGGAAUUGAAGGCAUUUCGGUUGUGGCAGCCAUCGACAUGUGCAUGCUUUACAUGUACGAGAAUGUGUCAUUUCCCAUUGGCACAGCAGCGCACCAUUAG